AUGGUGUCGAGCUUGAAGGCUGCGGUCAUCGCUGGCCUUGUUCAUACCAUAUUGGCAGCUUCCACCAAUACUAGUACCACCACCACUGCACCUGGCACCGCGGUACCAACGUUGACCAUUUCGACAGCAGUGGCUAGCCCUAGUGCAUCACUGGGCGCGACUCUGCCUUCACAGGCACCACUACCCCCAACUCAAGGAUGGUGCAUUGGUCAAAUAUUUUGCGCUGGUUCAUUGCUACAGACAGUCAAUAUUGCGCAGGUAUACACUGAUCCGAAGACGUUCGUAGACAAGCCAACCAGCAAGUCUUCUCAGCAAGUUCUUGCAGACUUCAGCAACUUCAACUUGUCGACGGUUACCGAAGGGCAGAUCGUGAAUUUCGUUGAUAACGAUUUCCUUGGAGAAGGGCUUGAACUGGAGGCUGCUGCUCUCACGAACUUCAAUCCUACUCCAGCGUUCCUCAACAACGUGACGGACCCUUUGUUGAAGGCGUUUGCGCAAACUAGCUCGCUCAUUCCUCUGAACCAUACAUUCGUUAUUCCCGGUGGUCGCUUUAGAGAACAAUAUUAUUGGGACAGCUAUUGGAUUAUUCAGGGUCUACUUCAGUCGGAAUUAUAUGAAACUGUCAACGCGACCUUGCAAAACUUCAUGGAUGAGAUCGCGGGCUUCGGUUUCAUUCCGAACGGUGGUCGUAUCUAUUACUUGAACCGCUCACAACCACCUCUCUUUAUUCAUAUGGUAUAUGACUAUGUUAAUGUGACUGGAGACACCUCGAUUCUACAACGUGCUCUUCCUUUGGCUGAGGUUGAGCUUGCCUGGUGGGCAAAUAAUCGUACAAUCGAAGUUAAGAGCCCGUACACCAACCAGACGUACAUGAUGGCCCACUAUGCAGUCAACAACACCGCUCCUCGACCCGAAUCAUAUCUCACUGAUUAUCUGACCGUUUAUGACCCAACGCUUUCUACACCUCUUACGGAUAGUCAGGCUGCCGAGCUUUACAGCGAGCUUGCGUCUGGCGCUGAGACUGGAUGGGAUUACAGUUCACGCUUUGAGGCUAUCCCUCAGCUUGGCAACCCUGGCUUGCGCUCGCUCAAUGUGAAGAAUAACAUCCCAAUCUGUCUUAAUAGUAUUCUGUAUAAGGCCAGAAUACUUCUUGCUGAGCUUUAUGGCACGUCCAAUGCGACCGCAUCUAGCACCCACCUCCAGGUCGCUGCUGGCAUUCGUGCGGGUAUCCUCGACCUCCUCUGGGAGCCAGCUAAACUGGCUUUUUACGACUUUAACCUGACUUCGAAUGCACGCAAUGAUAUAUUUACGGCCGCGACUUUCUAUCCUGUUUGGAACGGGAUCAUCCCCAACGAAGUCCUCGCUUCUCAAUCCAACGCGUUUGGUUACUUCGCAGCGGUCAAUUUGGUGAUGAACAAGUACAAUGGUUCAGUCCCUGUUACUUUUAUCGAUUGGACGGGCUUGCAAUGGGACGCCCCGAACAGUUGGCCUCCACAUCAGUACAUCAUCAUGCAGGCACUGCGGGCUAUUCCGUCUAAUCUUACCACCAACGGGCUGCCUACACCCAGUUCAAAUCAGUCUACAUAUGAUCUCAUUCCGGCAGGCCAGCUUGACUUUACGGAAGCUCAGCUUCCUGGUCAACCUUUCCUCACAGCACAGGCCAAUCAGAACGCAACCGCAACUGGCCCAGCAGCGGACAUCAACAAGUUAAGCGGUACUGUUGUUAACGGUGGAAAUGCCACUGCGGGCGAAGGGUGGAGGGACACGCUUCAACGCGAGAUGGCUAACAGAUAUUACACUAGCGUGCUCUGCAGUUGGCAUGCAACUGGUGGUUCGAUUCCAGGAUUACUGCCUCAGCUCCCAGCUAGCGAGUUAAAUCUGACCAACAGCGUUGGUAACACUGGUAACAUGUUCGAGAAGUUCUCCAACCUCAACGCUGGAUUCGGAUGGACGAACGGCGUACUUCUUUGGGUUGCCUCGACAUAUGGCGAGCAGCUCGUUGCUCCGCAAUGCCCACCAAUCGUCGCUGCUGCUAACACCGUGGGUGCAGCUGUCGGUCUACGGGCAUCGUCUGGGGCCGUAAUCGCUGCCGUGGUGAUGGCUUUUAUGGCAUCUGCAAUCUUGUAA